AUGGAUUCCUUUGGGCAACUCAGACCACAAGAUAACCAGUCAGUAGUCAGCAGAAUGCAAAAGAAAUAUUGGAAAACAAAACAGGUCUUUAUCAAAGCAACAGGAAAAAAAGAGGAUGAGCAUGUGGUUGCAUCCGAUGCUGAACUGGAUGCUAAACUUGAGGUUUUUCAUGCCAUUCAAGAAACAUGCACAGAACUUCUGAAGAUAGUGGAGAAAUAUCAGCUGAGACUCAAUGUUAUGUCAGAGGAAGAAAAUGAACUAGGGCUCUUUUUAAAGUUUCAAGCAGAACGUGACACAACCCAAGCUGGCAAAAUGAUGGAUGCCACCGGCAAGGCACUCUGCUCUUCAGCCAAGCAAAGAUUGGCCUUGUGUACUCCUCUCUCUCGACUUAAGCAAGAAGUAGCAACAUUUAGUCAAAGGGCUGUGUCCGACACAUUGAUGACAAUCAAUCGGAUGGAACAGGCACGCACAGAAUACAGAGGAGCUCUGCUGUGGAUGAAAGAUGUAUCCCAGGAACUGGAUCCAGAUACCUUAAAACAAAUGGAGAAGUUUAGAAAAGUACAGAUCCAAGUGAGAAAUAGUAAAGGUUCUUUUGACAAGUUAAAAAUGGAUGUUUGUCAGAAAGUGGAUUUACUUGGAGCUAGUCGCUGCAAUAUGUUAUCUCAUUCCCUCACUACCUACCAGAGAACAUUGCUUGGAUUCUGGGAGAAAACAGCUCGAAUGAUGUCCCAAAUCCAUGAGGCCUGUACUGGCUUUCAUCCCUAUGAUUUCGUAGCUCUCAAGAGAUUACAAGACACUCCAAGCAAGCUUACUGAAGAUCACAAAGAAGGACAAAUAGAAGACAAUGUUCUUACUGAAAACCUCAAUAAGGUAGGUUUGUCUGAAGAAGCAAGCUUCAGGAGAGAGUCAGCAGCAGCAAAAGAUGUACCUUCAGAUUCACUGGAAAGAGAAGAUUUUGAGAAGGAAUUCUCAUUUCUGAAUAGCCUUCUAAGCCCUGCUUGUUCCAGCACUAGUGAAUCUACCCAAGAAUGCCAGACUUCUUGUGGGAGCGCCAGUGCUGGUGUCACGCCCCAGGAGGCUUCUGUGGGGUCCGAGCCUCUUGCUCAUUCCUCUGGAUUCCUCCCCUCACAACUCUUUGACCUUGGCCUUCAUGCUGCUGGAGCUUUCAACAACUGGGCCUCCCAAGAGGAAUCAGAGCACACUGAUAACCUACCAGUGCCUUCACAGAGUCCAAAAAAAUUAACACGAUACCUGGACCCACUUUCAAACCCAGAUGCCAUUGGACAUUCAGAUGAUGAACUUCUUAAUGCAUGACUGAUGUUCAUUUCAGGGGUCUUGAGACAUCAAUUUUACAACAUACUGCCUUUGUGGAAAGGAGGUUCUAUUGUAAACCACACCUGAAACCAUG